CAUAAAUUCUUUCUACGGCUGACAGUUGGUCGAUUCACAUGUAUUUCAUCCUGUGUAAGGUCUAGCUGCCAUGAUCCUUGCCACUAUCACAUUCACGUCCAAGCAUGUGGCGCGAGCGCACGCUAACCAAGCUGUCAAACUCGCCGCCAUAUUGCCCUCGCGUUUGACGUUUGUAGGUUCGUUCGGGAAUAUUGAAAGUUUCGUUUUAAGCAGUAACUUUUUGUUGUGCGCGUGUCUGUGACAAUGGAUAUUGUGUGUACUGUGCUUUAAAUUUUCUAGUGUGUUUGAUUGUGUUUUGUUGUAUUAAUUGACCUAGAAACAAAAUUUGUUUAUUACUGUAAGCUAAAAAUGUUAACUUACUUACCUAAUAACAAUAAGAAUUGAUAGAGUGCUAGAGAUUAGAGUACACAGGGAAACCUAGAGAAAAAGAUUGAGUUGUAUCACAACGGAGAAAUUUUGGAGAGUUAAGAAGAAGAGAAUAGAAGUAGAGAUGGACACAAAGAAUGAUGGACACGGUGACGAAAUUGAAUUAACUGUUCAGGGAGCUAGCAGUAAACCUAGUGAAAUGGCUACCAAAUCAGAUCUACCCGAAAGAGGAUCGUGGGGUAGUAAAUUGGACUUUAUUCUUUCCGUCAUCGGAUUGGCGAUCGGUCUCGGCAACGUCUGGCGCUUUCCAUACCUCUGUUACAAGAAUGGCGGUGGUGCUUUUCUCAUUCCUUACUUCCUUACACUCUUCCUCGCUGGUAUACCGAUGUUCUUUAUGGAACUGGCUAUGGGACAGAUGCUUACGAUUGGUGGAUUAGGUGUCUUUAAGAUUGCACCAAUUUUCAAAGGUAUUGGGUACGCGGCUGCUGUGAUGUCAUGCUGGAUGAACGUGUACUACAUAGUGAUCCUGGCCUGGGCUAUCUUCUACUUCUUCAUGUCUAUGAGAGCAGAUGUGCCAUGGCGGACAUGCGACAACUAUUGGAACACUGUCACCUGCGUGAACCCCUACGACCGCAAGAACCUCACCUGCUGGUCUACAUUCGACAUGACUACACUCUGCACCCUCAACGGGAAGAAUGUCAGCAAAGCUCUUCUCUCCGACCCUGUGAAAGAAUUCUGGGAACGUCGAGCUCUGCAAAUCUCCAGCGGUAUAGAAAACAUCGGUAACAUUCGCUGGGAGCUGGCGGGUACCCUGCUGCUGGUGUGGGUUCUCUGCUACUUCUGCAUCUGGAAGGGCGUGCGCUGGACUGGCAAAGUUGUCUACUUUACCGCGCUGUUCCCGUAUUUCUUACUUACCGUGCUGCUAAUCAGAGGAAUCACUUUACCUGGUGCGAUGGAAGGUAUAAAGUUCUACAUAAUGCCGAACAUGUCUAAACUUCUCGAAUCCGAAGUUUGGAUCGAUGCGGUGACGCAGAUCUUCUUCUCCUACGGUCUCGGUCUCGGUACUUUAGUCGCUUUAGGAAGCUACAAUAAGUUCACUAAUAAUGUUUACAAGGAUGCUUUAAUAGUCUGCUCUGUGAACUCCAGUACGUCAAUGUUCGCUGGUUUCGUCAUAUUCUCAGUGGUAGGGUUCAUGGCUCAUGAACAACAGAGGCCGGUAGAAGAGGUAGCAGCAUCAGGUCCUGGUCUGGCGUUCUUGGCUUACCCAUCAGCAGUUCUCCAGCUGCCCGGAGCACCGUUGUGGUCUUGUUUGUUCUUCUUUAUGCUCCUCCUCAUUGGCUUGGACAGUCAGUUCUGCACCAUGGAAGGUUUCAUCACCGCUGUCAUCGAUGAGUGGCCCAAACUCCUCAGGAGGCGCAAGGAAAUAUUCAUCGCGAUUACCUGUGUCAUCUCUUAUUUGGUUGGACUGUCUUGCAUUUCUGAGGGUGGCAUGUACGUGUUCCAAAUCCUCGAUUCGUAUGCCGUGUCUGGUUUCUGUUUGUUGUUCCUAAUCUUCUUCGAAUGCGUGUCGAUCUCUUGGGCUUUCGGUGUCAAUCGUUUCUACGACGGUAUCAAAGAGAUGAUCGGUUACUACCCUACUAUUUGGUGGAAGUUCUGCUGGGUUGGAUUCACUCCUGCUAUCUGCAUUAGUGUCUUCAUCUUCAACUUGGUUCAAUGGACUCCCAUAAAAUACAUGAAUUACGAGUACCCGUGGUGGUCUCACGCGUUUGGCUGGUUCACCGCACUCUCCUCCAUGUUGUGUAUCCCGGGGUACAUGGUAUAUCUCUGGCGUGUCACACCCGGCACUAGGAUGGAGAAAUUCCAUACGAUCGUACGUAUACCUGAAGAUGUACCGGCAUUGCGUACUAAAAUGCAAGCCGAAGAACAAGCCAAGCAUGGGAAAGCUUAAAACCAAUUCGUUCAGAUCUCUGACAAAAGCGAAAUUAUACCUACGUAGAGAUCUAGUUACAUUGAAAUACGCACAAUUAUUAUUACGUGCCAAAUAUAUUCAA